AUGAAGAGCAGCAGCGUCCAAGAAGCGUGUGAGGAUCAGCUGUCCGAGAUCAGCAGCCAGGCGGCGUCCAACAACAACGAGGCGUCCAACACCUCCUCCCGUCCCAAGCUCGCCCUCGACCUGUCGCUCACCGUCACCGCGGCCGCCGCCGCGGCGGCCACCGCCACCGCCGAGUCGAGCACCACCGACAGCAACGGCGGCCCGCAGGCCGCGCGCGAGCCGACGCGGGUGUUCACCUGCAACUACUGCCAGAGGAAGUUCUUCAGCUCGCAGGCGCUGGGCGGGCACCAGAACGCGCACCGGCGGGAGCGCACGCUGGCCCGGCGCGCGGUGCACCGGCUGGAGGCCUACCCCUACGGCUACGCCGACGUGGCCUCCCUCCCGCUCUACGGCUCCCCCGGGCUGUACCCCAUCGGCAUCCAGGCGCACGCGUCGGCGCUCCCGGGCGCGGCGGCGGCGGCGCAGGCGGAGCGGCAGCAGCACCAGCAGCAGGACGCCGCCGUCCUCGCGGCCACGCCGGCGCGCGCGCGGGCGCUGCUGGGCCCGAUGCCGUUCCUCGUGGGCGGCGACGAGGAGGUCAGCUUCGGGUGGCCCGGCAGCUUCAGGCCACCCCCACCGAGCGCCGGCGUGCUCCCCCUCCUCCACUCAGGCCCCAACUUCGGCAGCAGCAGCGGCAGCGGCAGCAUCGUGGUGCAAGCCGACGAGGAGCCCGACCUGACGCUCAGACUCUAG